AUGACUUGCAAGCUCACAGACGACAGCGUUGUCGUGAACGGCGACCUCAAAAUCUCAUUCCGAAGGACAGUUCGCGUACCUGAAACUAAGGAAUCAAACUGGCUCCCUCCCGACCUUGGCGCUUUCCCACUCAAGCCCGUAUCGCAACAUAGCAAAAACCUGCCUCCUGGUAUGGCUGUCAAGGGAGGAGUGCUCUUCCCCAUGCAUCAACACGAGGCAAUGUGGAUCAACUUCAGUACUGUUCACGAAGAUAUGUUGCCGUAUAUGAUCAAGAUCUACGUUGGCGGCGUAAACGUAGUCUCUGCCCAAACUGCUAUGGAGUCCAUGGCCAGCCGCUCUCGUCGACAAGUACGACUGCAGACGACUCCGUCUAACCCAAAACCCGCGUCUCCUCUCCAAGAUUACGUCGUGGUACCGGGACAGAGGUGGAUUGAUGGGAUUGCUAACGGAGACGGUACAGUUCGUCAAUUCGUUGCUGCACCUUUACACAGCGGACUCUCGGUUGAAGCGCAAAUGACUGGCAAGGACGCAAUAGGCGGGAUACAGAUCGAAAUCACGCCUUACAAGCUCCCUUGCCCGUGUGAGUUCUCAGGUAGACCCAUGCAGAUCUUCCUGAAGCAGCUCGAUGGUUCGACCAAGACCUUCAAUGUCACAAACUUGGAGCCCAUCGAGAACUUCAAGCUCCGUAUUCGCGAGGCCACGGGUAUUCCUACCAGCAUCAUCCGCUUAAUAUAUGCGGGUAAGCAACUUGAAGAUAGGCGAAAAUUUGGAGACUAUCGCAUCUCCAAGGAGGCUACUAUCCACAUGGUCCUCCGCCUUCGAGGUGCCGGCUCCCUUGUACACAUAUCCACACCUGAGAUGAACACCGCAGCUGGCGGUCUCAUUAAGCAAGUCAUACAUCGCGAUAUGCAUCCACCCAACUGGGAUACCACUAAGACGACCGUCUUCAAUGCCCAGAUUCUCAACUCUAUGCUAUACCAGGCUGUCACUGGUGCCAGGCCUCUUGUGCCCUCCAUCCUCCACGAAAGAUAUAUACAUCACGGGCUUCCUUACUACAAGAUGUACGAGGAGCUAAGCAAUAUUUACGGUAACUUCCACAUGGUCAAGUCUGUGGGACAGAUCACAGGCAAGGUCGAUUGUAAGGUUGUGACAAAGGCUCCUCGAAUCGUGAAGAUCGGGAAAGACCACAAGAAUGUGAGCCCGCCAGGUCCGCCGCAAGUAUCGCAUACGAUAUUCAAGCUAGAGGACGCGUUGGAAAGCUAUCAUAUUGCGAACUUUUAG